AUGGUCUGCCGCAGCUUUUCGUGCAAAUCGGACCCUCAACUAGCGGCUCCGAUUGCGAAUCGAAUUCGAAGCGAGGCCGAGCAGAUUGGGCACAUUAACGCAUUUCCUGAGAUUUACCCGGAUUUUCUGCAAACGCCGGUUUGGAAUCGCCGAAAUCCGCUGAAGGAGGAGCUUGAGCGACAAGAUAUGCUCGAGAGACGAAUGAAUAUCGAUAUUCCCGAGUUUUAUGUUGGGUCCAUCGUCGCCGUGACGUCGUCGGAUCCGAAUCUUGGAGCGAAGGAGCACCGAUUUGUGGGCAUUUGCAUUAGAAGAGAGAAGGAAGGCCUUCAUCAUCAGUUCACUUUGAGAAACACAAUUGAAGGAAUUGGUGUUGAAAUCAUGUAUGAUUUGUAUAAUCCGACGAUUAAGAAGAUUGAGACGCUGAAGCUUGAGAAGCGGUUGGAUAACGAUUUGAGCUAUUUGAUUGAUGCUCUUCCGGAAUAUUCGACGUUUGAUUUCCAUAUGGAGCCGCUUUCGCAUCCCGCUGGAACGCCGGUGCCGAUUAAUGAGACGAAGGUGAAGCUGAAGCAGCCGCCGUGGACGCGACGAUGGGAGAUUCUCGGAUGCAAAGGGAUUGAGGACUCGUGGACGUCGGCGACGCCGUGGUUCAAGCGAAAAUUGCAGAAGACAAAGGUGAAUGAUUAUGAAAAGUAUGACUUGAUUGCCGAUUAUCGUCGUUCAUCGACGUUGGAGCAUGAGGUGGAGGUCGAGAAGAAGAUGCAGAAAUUCGAGAAAGAGCGACACGCGGCUGGACUCACACGUCGUCGGAUUCUUCGAAGCGCGGCGGCGGCGAAAUAG